AUGUGCCCACAACUUGAACUCCCCAACGACCAACGUCGUGCAGUCGAGCACUCGAGCUCUAGCCUCUGGCAACCCGUAGAAGGGCAGCAGCAGGGACGAGAUCCUCCUUGGGCCUGCACUGGUGUCGCAUCCAGCGUCAUCGUCGCUGUCCGCACCGGUGCCACAUCAAGUGCUGCUGCCGCCGCACGAUCUAGUGCUGCAUCCAGCACCGCUAUCGCCGACCACACUGAGGCUGCUUCCAGUGCCGCUGACGCCGCCUGCGCUAGGGCCGCAUCCACGCCAUCUUUGAGGAAAUUGAGUGUAUGGCAGAGGAGAGGGAGGGCUGGGCUGGGCAGGAUCCAUCGAAGGAGAGGUCGUGCGAAACGGGAUCUGGAUUACGGGUGGAGAGAGGGGCAGGUGACCAGGAGAGUAUGCGUGACGGGCGGGGUGAGGGCUAGGGUUCUGACUGGUAUUUAUUUAAGGCCGAGUGCACCUUCAACGUCCAUUUCGAUCUAA